AUGUGGCUAUUCCUAUUAGUAGCCCUUUGCUCAUUUCACGUUCCAUCCAAUGCUCAGAAAUCGGGACCUCCUGGUCCCAUGUCAUCCCAUUUUGUAGAUUGGUUGAUUGCUCAUGGGUACGAACAAGAUGCAUUUGAUCGUCCAGAUGUAGGGCCAAACGGAAGUUUCGGAGGAAAAAGAAGAUCUGGAGACACUGUUGAAAAAGAACCAGUGAUCUUUAUUCAUGGUUCUGGAGACACUGCUCUCUUCACUCAACAACCUUUGGCAACUGGAUUCAGUAGAAGUAUUCAAUACUUUUUGGAGCAGAACUACACGGAAUCCGAGUUGUAUGCUACCACUUGGGGAGAUACUUGGGGAAGUGGAUCCAUGUUGGACACAUAUUCCACAAUUCAUACCUGCGGAAAUUUGAUUUACUUAAGAAGAUUCCUCGAAGCCGUUAUCGGAUACACGGGGGCAAAAAAAGUCGACAUCAUUGCUCAUUCAGUUGGAGUACCAUUGAUGAGAAAAGUUGUAAAAGGAGGAACUCUUAUUGGAACCGACGGAAAUUGUACAUUGGGUCCACCACUUGGAGCUAAAGUUGACACUUUCCUUGGUAUUGCUGGGCCAAAUUUCGGGCUCUGUGUAUGCCAACUUGCUCAAACAGUUCCAGCCUGGUGUAAUGCAUUGGAUGGCUUGUAUCCGGGGUACACUUGUCAAGACCAGCUUUGGUGUGGCUACACAUCUGGAAGCUGUAAGCAAGAAAACUAUUCAAACCUUCUUCAAAAAACAAAUGAUGAUCCGAAUCGGGAAGGAGAUCAUGUUUAUGCUAUGUGGAGUGAUGUUGAUGAAGUGCUUCUGAAUCGUGGUAUGGUCUGGGGAAAACCAACUGCCAGAAUUCCAGGAAUGAAUGGAAGAUGGAUCAGUGAUAGAAAUGGGCAUGUUGCCAUGAAGGAUCUCACAGAAUUGAGACAAUUCGAAGCUGUUGUACAUCAUUCAAUUUGA